AUGGCCGGUGGGUUCGCCUCUUCCUGCUGGGGCUCGGGAGCCCCCCGCCCCUUCCUGCCGCCGCCGCACGCCCCCUGCGGCCUUCGACACGCCCACAGCCCGCUAGUUGGCCUCGGACCCAGGAGCCGAGGGCCUCCCGUCCUUCGCUCACCCGGCUGCCACGUUCCGGAGUUACAUAAUCCGAGGAGAGGCAUCCGAGCCGGGGUGGAGGGCGAGGCUGAUGCAUGUCCUGCCCUCCCCCGCCUCACUCUCCUCUGGGAGCCGGCAGCCCUGGGUCUGUGUCUUCGGGACCACCACCGACCCCGGGAUUCCAGAGCGCAGGACCCUCCCCAUCCCCCUCCGAGAGCGCCCCGCCUGGACACCACUGCCGGGUCCCAGUCACCAGAGGAGGAUCUAGAAAAAUUCAAGGAAGGCGUGCCGAAGCGCAGGGUCCCCGAAGCGCCGGGCCGAGUCAGCGGCAGAAAGACGGUACUGCGGCCCCAGGCUUCGCAGAGAGUCUAUCUCUGCAUUCCAGGACUGCCUGGGCGCUGCAGGAAGCAACAUGACCUAGGUGGCUCCCCUGAGGUGCCAGGCAUCUCCAGGGCUGCUCCUGCAGCUGGCGUGGCCCUCUCCCCAGGUGCACCAGCGGUGAUGCAGCAGCCGCGAGCGGAGACACAUGCCAUCGGGGCUGGCGAGGGGCCACAGCGUGCGGUGCCCUGGUCGGCCUGGGUCACGCGGGAGGGCUGGGUGCGCUGGUGCGUGUGCCAUGUGCCCCUGAGCUGGACCCAGUGGUGGACCACAUCAGGCUGGCGACAACCGCUGCAGCAUGUGCUGUGGGGUCUAGAGGGGAUCCUCUACCUGCUGCUGGUGCUGAUGCUGUGCCACACGCUCUUCACCACUGGCUCCCACCUGCUGAGCUCCUCGUGGCCCGUGGCAGCUGCAGCGUGGCUCCAUCUGCUGCCGGCUGUCCUGCUGCUGGUGCUCAGUGCCCUCCCUACCCUGCUUUUCAUGGCCUCCUUCCUGCUGCUUUUCUCCACACUGCUGAGCCUCGUGGGCCUCCUCACCUCCAUGUCUCACCCAAGCCAUGCUCAGGACUUGGACCAAUAG